AAAAAAAUAUGCAGCUGAAACACGUUUCAAGUUGAAUCAUUUUAUAGCAGCUUGGAGAGGCCGUCCAAAUCUUUGGCUAUAUCUUAUGGAGAUUUUAUUGCCUGGAAUAUUGCUUUUGGUUUAGAUUUUCAAUUUUAAUAUGUCUACUUCUGUUCUGCUAUAAAGAGAUUUUGUAGUAGUGGAAUUGAACUUUGUAUUAGUUAGAUUAGGUGAGCUCUGAGAAACAGACACCCAAAGUAACAGUGGCUGAAAUAAGAAGUUCUUCUCUUGUAUGUAAAAGUUGGACGGGAUACAGUCCAUGGUUGGCAUGGCAUCUCUGUUCCACGAGCCCUACACUCCUUCCCAUCCAUAGCUCUGCCAACUUUUGGGCACGAUCUUCUCCUCCUGGUCCAAGAUGGUAGCUCCAGCUAUCACGUUCAUGUUCUGGGCAGCACAGUGUAGGAAGGGGUGAAAAGAAGGGCCAAAGGCCCUGAGCUGAUGUCUUUCAAGACAGGUUACAGAAAGCAGCCACAUGAUACUUUUUAGUCACUUGGCUGUACCUUGGAACAAGGAGCCUGGGAAAUGUUAAUGUUAUCCGUGGCCAGGUGCCCAUCUUGAAAUGGAGGGUUCUGUUACUAUGGGAGGAGGGGAGAGUAACCACUGCAGGGCGACUAGCAGUCUAGGUCACAGAUUUUAGGCUCUUUUCCUAUCAUUAAUCCCUUGUUAGUCCUUUCAUGAUACGUUGCCAGGAUUGCUAAAGUAGCAGUUCGUUUCUGCUGUGUUUUCACUUUGUUUUCUCUUUAUCACAAAUGCUGCUGACUCUGUCCUUCUCUUUUAACCCUUCCUUGGAGAUGCCCUCCCAUCCACUCCUCUGGAAGCACAGGCUUUGGGACACCUGAUUGGACGCGAGAUGAUGGCAGACAGGUGGAUCCUUUCCUCAGGGACAGUUACUGGCUGUUGUUUUGCAGAACGGUCUUCCAGUGGCAGCACUGUGGUCAGCAGUUCCCAGUGGUGGGCUGCAGACCCCUGGGGAGGGGGCUACUGCUAGGUGCCUUUGAAUCUAAAUGCAUUGUAGAAAGUGUAACUAUUCCUAUUUCUGUUUUUCAAAGGUGUGUAGGUGCUGUUGUGUUGAUAAAAUACAAAUUCAUUUAAAAGCACUUUUCAUCGGGGUGUUUAAUACAGCAUGGUGGUCCUGGGCUCUCAUUGUGAUCUCCUCCAGACCUGGCUUGUGUCCUGACCCUGCCUCUUGCACCUGUGGACCACCCUCUCUGAAUUUCACUCUCCACGUCUGAAGUGGCUUCCUGAAUGGUUGAGAGAAUUAAAUAAGAUUAUGCACGUAGGACUUCCCUGGUGGCGCAGUGGUUAAGAAUCCGCCUGCCAGUACAGGGGACACGGGUUCAAGUUUUGGUCCGGGAAGAUCCCACAUGCCGCGGAGCAAAUAGGCCCGUGCCCCACAACUACUGAGCUCGCGUGCCACAACUACUGAAGCCUGUGCACCUGGAGCCCGUGCUCUGCAACAAAGAGAAGCCACCGCAAUGAGAAGCCCGCGCACCGCAACAAAGAGUAGCCCCCGCUCGCCCCAACUAGAGAAAGCCCGUGCACAGCAACGAAGACCCAAUGCAGCCAAUAAAUAAAUAAAUAAAUAAAUUUAUUUAAAAAAAGAAAAAAAAGAUUAUGCAUUUAAAUAACUUAGCUCAGCUGCAGCGCACACGAAGGCCCCCGCUGAACAUGAGCUCUGGUUAUUGUUUUUUUCUUAAUCGACACACACUAAAAGUACAUCUGCCAUCAUAAUAACAUUUUGUAAGCUGAACGGACAUAUUUUAAAGGAUUAGGAAUCAUUGCCGUAGCUUCUUUGGUGAAGCCAGUGUAGUCAACCCUCAAACAGGUAUUUGGGGGCCACUCCUUAACUGACUUAAUUAGAAACCUUUGCGGGUGGUUUGUAUUCAUUCAUUCAGGACAAGUAUUUAUUGAGCGCCUAUUAUGCCUCUUCAGGUUACAGGCCCAGAAAGGGGGGUCAUUACAGUUCAGCUUUGCGCUGGCUCUGGGUCAUAGGACAAGGUCACUCAUUGUACCGAAUGUUCUCUGGCUUUGCCAGGAGUGCAUCGCACACAUCCAUUAACUUUGGUUUCCUCUUCUUUACCAAGAGGGGGUGGAACCGAAAUCCCCAAGCACCCGGUUCUCCCCACCUUUCUGUAGUUCUUCCGACAGGGAUUUCUGGCUGCCUGUGCCCAAAUGUUUGCUGGGAAGCACGGUUUUCUAUGCUGGCUUAGUGCGGCUCUGCUGACAGUGCUGAACGCGGCUGGGUCCUCAGCGGCUGCCGGCAUGGCAGCACCACACCUCUGCUGAGACGCAGAGUCAAGAAGUCUAGGUGGUGAAUCAUUUGCCUGGGCGAGCAAGUCUGUCUGGCCUCUCUUGGUCUUGCCUGGAGGGACAGUGGGCUGAGGGCCAGGGCGCAGGAGAGGCUGGGGCUUGGAUGUUGGCCGUGCGCUCACUGCAUGCUGGUGCCCCAUGAGUGAGGCUCUUCUAUGUGGCUCUGGCUGAUUCAGCACCACAGAGGGCCUGCUGUGUGCUUACUGCUGGCCUGUUGGUACCCUGGGCUGCUGGGUGGGGCUGGAGCCCAAGGUCUUCUUCCCACUUCCACUGCAGGCAAUGGGCUGCAGGAAGCUAGCGUCUCCAGUGCUGACUCAGGCCUGGCUGUGUCUGUACUGAUCCUUCAGAAGGUGGAGAACGGAGACCUGAGCAAAAAGGUUCUGAAGAUCACCGAUUUUGGCCUGGCUCGGGAAUGGCACCGAACCACCAAGAUGAGCGCAGCAGGGACGUAUGCCUGGAUGGCACCUGAAGUCAUUCGUGCCUCCAUGUUUUCCAAAGGCAGCGACGUGUGGAGCUAUGGGGUGCUGCUUUGGGAGCUCCUGACCGGUGAGGUGCCCUUCCGAGGAAUCGAUGGCUUAGCAGUCGCUUAUGGAGUGGCCAUGAACAAGCUUGCCCUUCCCAUUCCUUCUACAUGCCCGGAACCUUUUGCCAAACUCAUGGAAGAUUGCUGGAAUCCUGACCCCCAUUCACGACCAUCUUUCACGAAUAUCCUGGACCAGCUAACUACCAUAGAGGAGUCUGGUUUCUUUGAAAUGCCCAAGGACUCCUUCCACUGCCUGCAAGAUGACUGGAAACAUGAGAUUCAGGAGAUGUUUGACCAACUCAGGGCCAAAGAAAAGGAGCUGCACACCUGGGAGGAGGAGCUGACGCGGGCCGCACUCCAGCAGAAGAACCAGGAGGAGCUGCUGCGGCGCCGGGAGCGGGAGCUGGCCGAGCGGGAGAUCGACAUCCUGCAGCGGGAGCUCCACAUCAUCAUCCACCAGCUGUGCCAGGAGAAGCCCCGGGUCAAGAAACGCAAGGGCAAGUUCAGGAAGAACCGACUGAAGCUCAAGGAUGGAAACCGCAUCAGCCUCCCUUCCGAUUUCCAGCACAAGUUCACGGUACAGGCCUCGCCCACCAUGGAUAAAAGGAAGAGUCUCAUCAACAGCCGCUCUAGCCCUCCUGCGAGCCCCACCAUCAUCCCUCGCCUGCGAGCCAUCCAGUUGACACCAGGCGAAAGCAGCAAAACCUGGGGACGGAGCUGUGUCGUCCCCAAGGAGGAGGGGGAAGAGGAGGAGAAGAGGGCCCCCAAGAAGAAGGGACGGACGUGGGGGCCGGGCACACUUGGUCAGAAGGAGUUUGCCUCAGGAGACGAAGGAUCCCCUCAGAGACGUGAGAAAGCUAAUGGUUUAAGUACCCCAUCAGAAUCUCCACAUUUCCACUUGGGCCUCAAGUCCCUGGUAGAUGGAUACAAACAGUGGUCGUCCAGUGCCCCCAACCUGGGGAAGGGGCCGAGGAAUAGUCCAGCCCUGCCAGGGUUCACCAGCCUUAUGGAGAUGGAGGACGAGGACAGCGAAGGUCCACGGAGUGGGGAGAGUCGUCCACAGCCGUCACCCAACCAGUCCUACCUCUGUAUCCCAUUCCCUCGUGGAGAGGAUGGGGACGGCCCCCCCGGCGACGGCGUCCCCGAGGAGCCCACCCCAGUCAACUCGGCCACCAGUACCCCCCAGCUGACGCCAACCAACAGCCUCAAGCGGGGCGGCCCCCACCACCGCCGCUGUGAGGUGGCUCUGCUCGGCUGUGGGGCCGUCCUGGCAGCCACGGGCCUCGGCUGUGACCUGCUGGAAGCUGGCAAGUGCCAGCUGCUCCCCCCGGAGGAGCCCGAGCCGCCAGCCCGGGAGGAGAAGAAGAGGCGCGAGGGCCUCUUCCAGAGAGCCAGCCGUCCCCGUCGGAGCACCAGCCCCCCAUCCCGGAAGCUCUUCAAGAAGGAGGAGCCCGUGCUGUUGCUAGGAGACCCCUCUGCCUCCCUCACACUGCUCUCGCUCUCCUCCAUCUCCGAGUGCAACUCCACGCGCUCCCUGCUGCGUUCCGACAGUGAUGAGAUUGUGGUGUACGAGAUGCCCGUCAGCCCCGGGGAGGCCCCACCCCUGAGCCCCUGCACCCGCAAUCCCCUGGUCAAUGUCCGAGUGGAGCGCUUCAAGCGAGACCCGAGGCAGUCCCUGACCCCCACCCACGUCACCCUCACGGCCCCCCGCGCCGAGCCCAGCGCUCACCGGCGGACUCCUUCCGAUGGGGCCCUCAAGCCGGCGGCCCCUCGAGCCAGCAGGAGCCCCUCCAGCAACGGGCUGAGCCCCAGCCCUGGAGCAGGAAUGUUGAAAACCCCCAGCCCCAGCCGAGACCCAGGGGAAUUCCCCCGUCUCCCUGACCCCAAUGUGGUCUUUCCCCCGACCCCAAGGCGCUGGAACACACAGCAGGACUCUGCCUUGGAGAGACCCAAGACCCUGGAGUUUCUGCCUCGGCCGCGUCCUUCUGCCAACCGGCAGCGACUGGACCCUUGGUGGUUCGUGUCUCCCAGCCACGCCCGCAGCGCCUCCCCAGCCAACAGUUCCAGCACGGAGACGCCCAGCAACCUGGACUCCUGCUUGGCAAGCAGCAGCAGCACCGUGGAGGAGCGGCCUGGGCUGCCAGCCCUGCCCCCCUUCCAGGCGGGGCCGCUGCCGCCCGCCGAGCGGACGCUUCUGGACCUGGACGCGGAGGGCCAGAGUCAGGACGGCACCGUGCCGCUGUGCAGAGCCGCACUGAACACACACAGGCCUGCCCCUUACGAGAUCCAGCAAGAGUUCUGGUCUUAGCGCGAAAAGGGUUGGGGGCGGGCAAGGGGGAAGCAGGAGAUGGGGGGAGCCGGCUGGCGCCGCCCUGUCUCAGAAUUGGACCCCCUGAGCUCCCGCCCUCCUUCUUGCACUGAUAAUGCACUUUGAAGAUGGAAGGGAUGGAAGCAGGGCCCCUUGAGAGGGCUUCGUGCCCUGCAGGGCCCUUCUCCCCAGGUCCACUGGAAGGGCCGUGGCUGUGUAGGGCAGGGAGGGGUGCGUGCAUGUCCUCCACCCUCCACAGUCUUCCUUGCCUUCGAGGUGACCCUGCAGAGUCCCUCAGCCGAAUCUGUCUGCUGCCCCCUCUCCUCAGCCCCCUGGGUGUGCCCUCCUGGGCUCCCUCUGUUAGCCCUGAGUUCAGCCUUUCCAAACACCAGUAUUGGAUGUUCUGUGAUUGAUUUUGCACCUCUUCCACAUUCUUCCCUGAUACUCAUGAAUCAGAAUCUCGUUUGGUGUGAGCUGUGAGCUUCUCUGUGUCCUGAGCCCUUCGGUGCCGGCCAGAGGACUAAAGGCAAAGUGCCCCAGUGUCGGGCACAGGAGUCGAUGCAGCUAGUACCGCCUACUGCACUUCCAGGCGCCCCACUUAUUCAUCUGAGCCUCCCAGUGGUAGGGACCUGCCUCUGUGAGACAGGGGUGGGGAGGGAGUUAGGAAAUACAGUUGAGUUGCAGCAAAGAGGGUAACGGAGUCUGUCUGUCCUCACUCCUUUUGUAAACACUCAAAGAAGGGCAGAAACCAGCACCUGUUGACGGCACCCAUCUCCUACCUGGGCUCCAGAUGUGGUCAGACCAGGUUCUGAUACAAACACACUCUCAUCCCAGGAAUAGUUUCCAGGGAGACUCACUGGUGACAGUUCUGAAACCAGAGACAAAGUUCUUGUGUUUGUCCGUUUGGUCAUCUGAUCUGUAUGUGUUCUUCCCUUCCCUUGAUCUUUCUUGCAGCCCCUGGAAUUAGUGGACUUCAGGUUAUGUGUUUGGUGGGGAGAUAUCUCUGCACUGCACCAGAAUAGCAUAUGGGGGUGGGUCCUGGACCCUGGGAGUUGGAACUGUGGGGAUUCCUUCUCAUCCAUCAUUACUCUGUGAUGCCCUUGAAGUAGAACGGAGCGCUUUUUAGUUCCUUGUGUGAAUGGAUGUGGUGAGUGAUGAUGUCUGUAAGGUGCUCAGUGAGCCCCUGAUGUACAGUAACCUUCAAAUUCCGAGCACUGGAGGCCAACCAAGGCCUCUUGUCUCUGUGCACAGAUAGCCCUCCUGCUGGGCUCUGGACCAUGAGCUGGGUAGGAAGGACAACAGAGGCCAACCCCGGCUUUUCUGGAAUUUGUUUCCUUAACUUGAAUGUUGAGCUUCUUCUGGCGCUUUCUGACGUGUAUCUCCACAUUUCCUCUUACCCUCAGGCUCCUGCAGCAAGUGUGAACAGUUGUCUUUGCAUGGGAAUAACAGCUUGACAGGAGUAGAGUCCUUAGGUCACGCUCCUCCCCCCUCAAGACUCUACACAUCACUGUCUUCUGUCCUGGACUAUUUCUCUGCAGGUGUUGGAGGGCCACCUGCAGGUUCCUUGCGUUUGCUGCCUGGAUGCCAGGACAGGAGAGCAGCCAUCCGGGCACGAGGGAUGGAUUUGGUCAUUGCUUGCUCUGUAACUACAAUAGAAGUCCUGCCCUGGGGAGGACAAAAGGGGAAGACCUUGGCUUUCAAGUUGUUCGUUGUUUUACGAGCCCACUGGCAGACACUCUGGUUCAAGGGCCCCGUGUAGUCUUGGGCGGGGAGGCACUGUUGGUUUUGUUGUCCAGGGUUCUGUUAUUGCGUCUCAUCUCUCUCCGUCUCUUUGUUCAGCGAAGACAGUACGUAAGAGAUUAUUUUUGCCCCCAUGCCCCACUCCUCGGCUAGGAGGGGGGAAGUGUGAAUCCCGUCAGCAGUUCCAGCCAACCACGUGACUCCCCUUCAUUCCCGAUGGGGAGAGGGACACAGAUGGCCUGUUCUGUGCCCUUUCCCAGGACUCUCCAGGGCCCCAGGCCCUAAGCCACUAACACAUCUCUAAACCCUUAGCCCCACUAAAUGGCCCCCCGGUGGGUGCAGCAUACAGUGUCGUCCAGACCAUGCUGGCUCUGGACAGUGCUCUGUGGAAGGAGGCAGGAAGCCUUCCUUUGCUCAUUUUCUGCUUUCUGUCAUUUUGUUGGAUUGCAGCUGUCUGUCUUGGAAGUGUAGUGUAACUGGUGAGGAGUAGACUGAUGGCUCGCUGCCGCCGAGUAAGAGGUUGAACCCGGUUCUUCCUCAUCCAUCCAGGGCAAGACAAGGGAAGGCUGGGUGUCUGCUAAGGGAGCGAUUAUACCCGCAAGAAGCGGAAGCGAGGUUAUUCUGAAGGUGCUUCUGUGGACUUCCACGAAGAUGGAGGACUUACCAUCUCGCAGCUCCUCCAAACCGGGUCUCCGAGGGGCCCCUGCCUGCCACACUCUCUCUGUGGGGCAAGGCUCAGGUGGGAUAAGGAUCCUGUAAUAGUAACAGGUUUGGGUUGCUUUCUGUCCACUCAGCUUCCCUUGUCUCCAUGGUCAUGGGCAGGGGCAGGCCUGGGAGCGGGGGAUCAAACCCCUGCAGCAGCAGUAGCUGACCCCCUUUCCCUUUCCUCAGACACUUUCCCACCCCUCUUGGCAGGUGCUGCCACGUGGAAGAUGGUGAUGGGAAACAGAUACUGCUCUCUGCCCCUUCUCCUUGACUCCUUCAGUUCCUUCCACUGAUUUUGCACAGGACUGUCCUCUGUCCUUGGGGAUCCAGGCCACUGCCAGGGGCUGAGUAGAUGUCCCAGUUAUUUUCAUAUGUUAUGUCUAAGAUGCUUUGACAGAUGCUCUUAUCUUCACAUCUUUUAGUAUCCGGAGGUCUGGUAGUGAAGAUGAUGGUGGUGGUACCUUGCAUUUGGAUGACUCAGAAUUGUGCUAACCUUUCCUCUUGACCUUUACAAAAUUACAUUAUUUGCCUUCUACAUUUGUUAUGCUUACUGGUAGAGAAGGGGAAGUGCUUAAAGAUGAAGAUUCAAGUGAAGAGAGGUUAAAAAGCUGCUUGGACUGAUUGCUGAGUCGGGCACCAGACUCCUGAGACCUGAACAGAUUGGCUCUGUUCUCCGUUCUGCUUUUGCUGUCUGACCUUGGGCUUGUCUCUUAGUCCCUCUCAAAUUUCCUUCCUGUAAAAGCAACCAUCACCUGCUUCCCUCACAAGGGCAAGAGAGUGUGCAUCAGAGCAGGUCCGUGAAGCCCGUGGCUCCCUGCCAGUGAAUAGGACAAACGCUGAAGUUGACGAUGCAGUUCUUACCGCCUUUGCCUCUAGGGGACUUGCCUGCUUCCUCUGGCUUCUGGAAGAGGAAUGAUUUGGAGUUGGCUUAGCAUGACUGAUGGGGACGGUGGUCAGGCACAUGCUCUUCUACUGCAUUAUGUCGCCCCUGGUGUUCACAAGCAUCCCUCCUAAUUCCCCCACCUGAUUUGUCAGGCUGAUGGUCCUACCAUUAGUGUCUUACAGAGGGGGCGAUGGGAGACGGGGAGCUGGAGGCAACAUCCCGGUGAUGAUUCGGGGUCUCUUGUUUCUUGGAGUCAUUCCCAAGUUCUGAUGUGUUUAGAGGCUGGAAGCAGCCCGCUUCCAGAAGGAAUCCUUGGGAAAGGGGGACAUGGGUCAUGGUGUGGGCUUCCUCACAAGGCCCCUUUCCCCUCAGGCCACAGUUGCUCAGGGACGCCAUAAGACACCCCAAGGGCAUCUAGGCCUAACGUGGUAUCAACAGUCUUGCUUCACAGCCCCCCCGUUGGAGGCUUCUUCCCUGCUCCCUCCCCCACAGGGAAAGAGCCCUCCCGAGCAUUCCUAAUUCUUCCAGCUCGAUUUUCACAAAGCACAGAGCAGCGGGUGCCGAGGGCUGGGUGCUCUGAGUGGUACACCGCACGGUUGAAAUGUCCGUGCGGCAGGCCCCUCUGUGAAUGCAGGACCUUGACCUUUUCUGCGUGUGUUUCUUUUAGCCUGUGCCUUUGACUCAGGUGUGGGUCGGGCAGGUCAGAAACACCAUUGUCUCCUGAAGAAUUUCGGGGAAGGAGCAGGUGUUGCCGCUUCUGUAGCGGCAGGCUUCUCCUGAGGACUCUGCCAGAGACUGUAGACCGGGGUCGGGGGGAGAGCAGCUCACAGUGCCUUGUAAGUGAACGUGGUGGCACGAGCGGCAGGAAUCUGGUGAUCGGAGCUACCCGCCUGCAUGUUGUGUGAUGUCGCAAACAUCUCUCCCCUCUCUGGACCUCUGAGCCCAGCUGUGAACUGAGGAUGAUGAAGCACGAAGCCUUUCUAGCUUGAAAAUCUGUGGUCCUGGGGCCCCUGGUCUAGCACUGGUAAGCCUCCCCUUGCUGGGUUGCUUCCUUUUGUGGAGAACAGUGUGUGUGCGUGUGCGUGCGUGUGCGUGUGGUUGGAAGUCAAAAACAGUCAAAUAUUGGCCAUUUCAUGUGGUUUGACCAACUAGACCACCUGCCUCUUCUCCUUGGCUUCAGGCCUGAGAUGACUUCCUUUCAAGCUCCAGCUGUUGUGAGGAACACAUUCCCAAAUGUCUCUCUUUGUUCAGACAGAUCAUUGUUUUCUUAGAUCAGGAAUUCAAAUGAAUAAAAUUCCACAUCAGAAGGGGAAACCCAGUGCUACUUCCAGGGAGCCCUCAGUCCCUGGCUUUGCCCUGGCCUUGCCUCCUGGGUGCCUGCCGCCCCAGGCACUGGCUUUGGAAGGGCAGGAGGCAGAAACUAGAGUCCUAGCUGAUUAAGGCUAAUUAACGGGGCUUAGGUGGCUAAUUAGCCUGACCCGGCCCGGGCUUCUGGUUGGCUGUACGGGCCAGGUGAGCCUCUCAUUCACUUAGAUUAUUUUCCAUUUGUCCUGUUACACUACUGACAGGCCUCACCCCGUCCCUUGUCCACUUCAGGGAGCCCUGAUUUGUCCUGCCGGAGGUUGGGCUGCUCCUUGCUCUGGAGCCAGUAGGACUGGUUCUUCCUGAUUCUUACCGGUUGUGUGGUUCCCUGCAUCCCCUGCCCAUGGCCUUCCUUUGGGUCUUUCACUCAUGACCACAGCUAGUUGCAAAGAGCCUCGGGGCCCAGCUGGUUAGCUGAGGCAUGAGCUUUUCUACUCCUCUCUUUGUUUCUCUUGGAAACAGACUUGCCUUUUCCCUGACCCAAUCUCCUUCCUGACUGGUCUGACCCCCCCUCCCUGCAAACACCCACAACCUAGUUUUACUAGCCUGAUUGGCAUGCGUGAACCUGGCAGCUAGAUAGGUAUCUCAGGACAGACACCAGAGUACAAUUUCAGAGGUUCAGAGAUAGGCCUUUCCUAUUGGGAUGUGUGAGCUAGACAUUCAGGAAAUCUGAACCCAGAGGUCAGAUUGAUUUAUCAAGAGGGGUCCUGGUGAGUGAUGGCCCCGUGGAUGUGGUGGUCUUGCUCUACACUCCCUGUAGUCCAAGACCGUGACGUGUUGCCCACGUUCCUGAAAUCCUUCACACCCAGGUACUUGCUUUGACAGAUCCCGACUUUAUUUAAAAUUUUGAUAUUGUGUUCAUCGUGCACUUUUCAUUAACUUUAACUUUUAAAAGUAUUGCAUUGAAAUAAUGAUUCAUCUGGAUAACUGAGUUUUGUUUUGUUUUGUUUUUGGUGACCCCUUAAAUUCUGUGUACAAGGCGAGUGCCUCACCUUAUCCUAGUCUCAGCCCUACCUGUUCCUCCCCUGAACAAGCUCAGGCAGAGCUGUGAGGUAGGGUUAGGUCUUUCCUGGUUGCCCUUCCCUUCAGUCCUGAGUCGGGUGGUAGCUCUCUGAAAGUGUUUGCGUUUGAAUAGGAAUGUGUUGACUUAACAGCAGUGAAACACCUAGGGCAGUUUUCAGCCUUGGACCUGUGACUGAGGUGACUCUUCCUGGAUGUCCCCCAGCUUCCUUUCAGCCUCUCUGAAACCCUGAGGCCACUUAGAGGUGUGUAUGUGUUUUAAGGGAAAGGGAAGGGAUUACAGUGGAGAGGAUUCUUCAGAGUACAUUUGAAACCUCUUUGGGCCAUCUUUGAACUUGCAGAGAAGUGAAUAAAUCAUUCUCUCUCCCAGUUCCAGAAAGGACAGAAGUUAGAGGUGUUUUUACUCCCGUGCCUGCCUAGCACUGUGCCUGGCCUACAGUGACCUUCAGCGGUCAUAUCACCUCCCUUGGGAUCUUUUUCGCUACCAUUAUUAUUCUCUGUCAUCUUUAUUUUACUCUCAUCAUUUAUCUUUCCCUCCAGUUCCAGAAGCCAUGCUGGCUGUGGCUCUUUUCUUCAUCACUGAAUGAGGCAUGGGUUUAUCCUGGCCCGGGUAUGGGGACUAACAAUAAAUUAUAUGAAACCAUUAUAUUUCUUCUAGGUGAGAGGUGCUGUCCUAAAGGUUUAUAUUCUUUUCUUUCUUCUUUUUUUUUUUUUUGGACUCACAAUAAUCCUGGGAGGGUGGGGUGGGGGAUAUUACCUCCAUCUAAGGACGUGGAAACUGAGGCUCAGAUGGUUAUGAAACAUGCCCAAGGUCACAUGGCUAGGAAGCAGUGUUGCUGACCUGUUUGGCUCCAAAGCCAUGUCUUAUUUUCCUCCGAACACAUUUUAGGGCACUGUUUAGAAGUUCUGGGAUAAAAUCAGCCUAGCUUAGGUCCACUGAGGCUCUGAGGUAGCUCGUUGUCCGGGGAGGAGUUGUCCUGUGGCUAAGCCAUCACCUCCCUUUGUGACUGGAGACACCCAGCAGGACGUGCAAUCUCCCUGGAGCUCAGCCGACCUCCUCUCUGCUCCUGCUGCUUCUUCGUCCAUCAUUUCCUCUCCACGAUUGUUCAGGGACCUGUUCCACGGGGGCGAGGGUUGAGCGUGUCCAUCCUGUAGCUCUUCUCGCAGGACCACUGAAGGCCCAUGGGCCUCUCGCCUCUGUUUCCAGCCCACAGUUGCCCCAUUACCGCCCUUUAGCACAGCUUCAACCCACAUCCCUCCCGGCCUCUGGAGUUUGGAAGCCUUACUGUAGCUCCUCUUGGGAACUUGAAAUCAGGCUUUUGUCUUUGUAUUGUAUUGAGCCGCAAGCUCUUAAUACCUAGUUGUAGCAAAGAAGGGAGGUGGCGAACCUGUCGACUUUCUCCUCUAACUACCCAUGAUAAACACACACACACACUCACGCUCACGCACUCAAUCUCACACACGCAUGUUCACACACUCACAUGGAGAUUUAGUCUGAGACUAUCUGUAUCUUCUAGAGGGUUAAGGAAAGGAGUUGGAGAUGGGUUUUACUUAAUUCACAGAAAACCUUUCUUUGGGAUUUUCCUCCCCCUUAGAGCCUUCAAGUCUAGGUAAAGUGGAAGUUCACAUACACGUUAGUUUUGUUCCUCAGUAUGUAGCUCCUAGUUUUCAUCUUAAGCCCUCUCUGCUCCAGUGUCUUGUCCAUGUGUGAUGACCCCGUGUCCUUGAAUUCCCAUUUUGCUUUGGGAUUUAAGUUAUUGUAAUUUGUCAACAAUAUUUAAAAAUAGAAAAGUCCUGAAGGAAACGUAUCAGGUUCUUUUCUUCGGCUUUUUUUUUUUUUUCAAGGUACUGUAAAUUGUUAACUAGGGAUGCCAAGCAGGCUUGGAUCAAUGGCUAAACCUCUUAUCGUAUUACAGUGUGAUGCUGAUCUCAGCCUGGUCUCACCACCAGAGCACACACAGACUUGAAUAAAACGAUUACAAUAAUGA